GGAGAGGCAGACGUCACAAGAGGGUGGUGAGGGUAGCCGAGGAGAGGAACAUCUCCCAGACUCACUCCAGUGCCUGGCUCUACCUCUUGCGGAAGUUGGUGACACAACAGAUAACAUUAUAGAUUAUAAGCUCUGAAAGCAGUGAAUAUAUCGCGCAAAUGGAUAAUUUACUACAUAAUAGGGAAAUAUAUGCCAUCAGUGAGUAAAUAUAUUCCCAAGGUGUUUGGCGAUACACAAUAGUGGCGACCUGUGUUUGCGUGUGUGUGUUGCAGCAGGCUCCAGGCAGGCUCCAGGCAGGCUCCAGGCAGGCUCCAGGCAGGCUCCAGGCAGGCUCCAGGCAGGCUCCAGGCAAGGUUCGCUGCCUUGUCCUCCCACCAUAGCCUGCCCUGCACUACUCCAGGUACAUAUACGCCCUCGAGCUUGACCAUGGGAGGGACGUGGGUCGCCCUCGUCGUGCUCAGUCUCCUGGUCGUCGCCCACACCUACGAGGAGACCAAACUCGAGGACGUCAUCGGGGAGUACGACUUCAGGAUGUUUAAGAACCUCUUUGUCAAUACGACCCAACUCCUCCUUCAGGCCAUCGGCCGCGUAGAGGCCACAGCGGCCAAGGACGAGUCACUGGCCGAGCUGAAGGAAGCCAUGAAGGAGAUUAGCGAGUCCUUGACGGCUGCCAACCAGCAAGCUUUAGCCGUCCGCGAGACUGUCAACAAUGGCGCCGACGCCACCAAAGUCGAACUCCAGGCAUUCCAGGACCUGAUCCUGGCUAAACUUUCAGACGUGAAAGUCUUCGUGGAGCAAAAAGUCAAGCAGAUGGAGAACCAGGUGGCCAAGCUUGGCCAGAUGUCGGUCAAUCUGGCGGCCGGGGAUUGUCAGGACCUCUACGACUUGGGCUUCAACGCUUCAGGUGUCUACUACCUGCAGAAAUUCGGCCGGCAGGUCUUGUGCGACAUGGAGACUGGUCUUGGAGGCUGGCUGGUCAUCCAACGCAGAGCCAAGGUCGUCGAGCAGGUGGACUUCAACCGUGACUGGCACGAGUACAAGGCAGGUUUUGGGGACCUGGAGACGGAGUUCUGGGCGGGCAAUGACUUCCUCCACGUCCUCACCAACCAGAAAACCUACGAACUCCAAAUUGACAUGAUAGACUUCGAGAAAGGUGCCUACUGGGCCUCCUACAGCACGUUUCGUGUGGGUAGUGAGAGCUCGGGCUACGUGCUGGACGUGGGCAACUACUCCGGCAACGCCACGGACGCCUUCACGUACCACCACGGACGACCCUUCACCUCCAACGACCGUGACAACGACCUCUAUAAGGACGGCAACUGUGCUACCUACUUCUCUGGUGCCUGGUGGUACGACAGGUGCUACGACGCCCACUUGAAUGGAGUGUUUCCAGCGACGCCCGACCGUCAGAACGCCUCGUUCAUCACCUGGUGGGCUCACGAGAACGGCAGGAAAGUUCCUCUCGUUCUCACCAGUGUCACUCUACGAGUCAAGCCCAGGAACCACUGAGGUCCCUCCAGCCCAGGCCCAGGAUAUACUGACUUCACCACGGUACACUGACGUCCAUCCAUCCCAGGCCCUGGAUAUACUGACUUCACCACGCUACACUGACGUCCCUCCAUCCCAGGCCCAGGAUAUACUGACUUCACCACGGUACACUGACGUCCCUCCAUCCCAGGCCCAGCGACCACCUGAGAGUACACUACGAUAGGAGUACACUCGUCCCCUAUCCGGCUACGUCUACGGAUACACUGCGAGGUCCUAUCCGGCCGCGUUUACAGAUACAGUGAGAGGUUAAGAGUGUUGGUGGCAGUAAUCUGGGCCCAGGCUGAACAAUACACACGAAUGUUCACUUUAAACGCAGCAGACGUACAGAACAUCAACCACCAGCGGUUUAUGGUGUGUUGAACUCCUUUCGUGCAAAAUAGGUUACACUAUUGCAAUAUCUAGCACAUCAUUGCAAUACAGGCAAGCAAUACCUGCUCGUCUGUAUUGCCAGGUGAUCAGUAUGCAGUCACGUUUGUAUAUUUUUUAGUAAAAAUAAGUGUUUGUUAGAGUUAAUAUAUGUACCUUAAUAGUUUGAUAGACACUUUGUAUUUCUAUUGAAUGUAUUGUAAUGUUAGACCAACACUGGAAAUUAAAUGAACAUACAUA